AUGAGCAGGGCAUUUACUUGGUUUGCAGAUAUAUGCAUCGGUGAUUUGGUCAUUCGGUUGCCUGCCUGCCAAGGAAGGAGUAUCCCUGAAAUGGAGAAAGCAAUCGAUUGGAUGUCCUUGUUCCCAUCCCCCUUCGUUUUACUACUUCCCUCCCUGAUGAUCAGCCUUGUAUGUGCAACAGAAAACCUCCUUCCAGGACAAAUCCUGAAUGCUAAACGGAGUUUAGUCUCCAAAAAUGGCGCCUUCAAGUUGGGUUAUGACUGCACCAACCCUCAAGCUGAUACUUAUUCCUUCUGUGGUCUGGGCAUCUGGUUUGCUAACUCGUCGUCACCUUGCAAAUCUGAUUAUAUUCCAGUUUGGCAACCUCAUCUGGAUACUGAUGAUCCUGGUACUUAUUUCUCAUCACCAUAUUAUAACCUCUCAGUCUCAGAGGAAGGAUUGCUACAGAUCACGGGCAAUGGUUAUUUGGCUCGGUCCUCAUCAUCCUACAUGACGACUGCUUCUAUCUCUGCUGUUGCAGUGCUUCUUGACAAUGGAAAUCUUGUGGUAAGAGACAAAGAAAACAGUUCCAUGAUGAUCUGGCAGAGUUUCGAUUUCCCAGCUACGACACUGCUCCCUGGACGAUACCUGGGAUUCAAUAGGAUAACUGGCGAGAAUGCUACCCUUGCUAUUAAUUCCUAUUCCUAUUUUUUGGGCGGGGACUCACUUAUAUAUACACUGUCACUCGAUGCAACUAGAAGGAGAGGUUUUAUUAUCCAGCAGAACCCCGAUGGUCCGACGUUUGCUGAUAGCUUAUGCAACUUUGAUUCAUACUGUGGACCUUACGGCCUCUGCACAACAUCAGGCUCUUGUGUAUGCCCUGUUGGUUUUGAUCCACCAUCGACCAGUGCAUGGAUUGCUGCUGGUUGUUCAAGAAAGGUCCCUCUAAACUGUGGGAAUGUUGAAGUGACGUUUCAUCCAAUAGAUGGCAUCCAUGCAUAUCCUCAGAAUGCUUUGAAGUUGGAAGCUGCAAACAUGAGUGAGUGUCAAUCCUCUUGCUUAAGGAACUGUACCUGUACUGCCUUUGCUUACAAUACAAGUUGCUUACUGUGGUUUUGGGAGCUGCGGAAUACAGUAGUGCUUGACUGCGGUCCAAAUGGCAACCAUAUGUACAUACGCAUAGCAACCAACCAACAGUCAGGUUCUAGAACUGCUCCACUGUUUUCUUUCAGGAGAAGAGUGGUUCUUGGAUCUGCGAUUGGUGUGAUAACCGUAUUUGCUGUUAGUUUGAUUCUUUUAUUGAGAUGCAGAAGAAAGCUUUUCAAGGCUACAACAAUUGGUGGCAAUGGAAGUCUCAUGGUAUUCUCAUUUGUACAAAUAAGGAAAUCAACCAAAACAUUCUCCGAGAAACUUGGAGAAGGAGGCUUUGGCUGCGUUUUCAAAGGGGUGUUGCCAGACUGCACUGUAGUGGCUGUCAAGAAGCUAAAAUGCCUGAGACAGGAAGACAAACAAUUCCGAGCAGAGGUGCAGACCAUAGGUAUGAUUCAGCAUGUCAAUAUUGUUCGUCUACUUGGGUUUUGCGCCAAAUACAGUGGAAGGUUCCUGGUGUAUGAAUAUAUGCCAAAUGGUUCUUUGAGUAGCCACCUAUUCUCCAGGAGAUCCUCUAACCUAAGCUGGGAGCAGUGGUACUCGGUCGCUCUUGGAAUUGCACGCGGCUUGGCUUAUCUGCAUGAGGGAUGCAAGGAUUGUAUUGUGCACUGUGACAUGAAGCCAGAUAAUGUACUUCUUGACGCAGAUCUCUGUCCUAAGAUCGCAGAUUUUGGGAUGGCAAAGCUUCUUGGUCGAGAUUUCAGCAGGGCCCUGACGACAAUGCGAGGGACCAUCGGGUACCUCGCGCUGGAGUGGAUCUCAGGGCUACCAAUUACACACAAGGCUGAAGUUUACAGCUAUGGAAUGACGCUUCUAGAAAUCGUAUCAGGGUUAAGGAAUUCGGAGAAAAUCAAGGAAGGGAUGUUCACUUACUUUCCAACCUAUGCUGCAGUUAAGGUGAGUGAAGGAGAUGUCAUGUGUCUGUUAGAUAGUAGGCUGGAGGGCGAUGCUGAUGAGGAGCAGCUAAAGAGAGCCUGUAGAGUCGCAUGCUGGUGCAUUCAGGAUGCUGAAGAUCACAGGCCGAUGAUGGGGCAGGUUGUUCACAUACUGAAGGGUGUCAUGGGCGUCGAUUUUCCACCUGUUCCCAGCGACUACCUCUUCAAGCUGCUCAUCAUCGGCGACUCCUCCGUCGGCAAGUCCUGCCUCCUCCUCCGGUUCGCUGACGAUUCGUUCGUCGACACCUACAUCAGUACCAUCGGCGUUGAUUUCAAAAUCCGCACUGUCGACCUCGAUGGAAAGACUGUCAAGCAACAGAUUUGGGACACAGCAGGCCAGGAAAGGUUCAGGACAAUUACAAGCAGUUACUACCGAGGAGCUCAUGGAAUCAUCAUCGUGUAUGACGUGACAGACAUGGAGAGCUUCAAUAACAUCAAGCAGUGGUUGAGUGAGAUUGAUAGGUAUGCCAGUGACAACGUGUGCAAGCUUCUAGUUGGGAACAAGUGUGAUUUGGUUGACAGUAAGGUUGUUGACACUGAAAAGGCAAAGGCUUUUGCAGAUUCGUUAGGAAUUCCCUUUAUCGAGACAAGUGCAAAGGAAUCCAUCAAUGUGGAGGAAGCUUUCCUAACCAUGUCAUCAGAAAUCAAGAAAAGGAAAAUUAUGCACAACUGA